AUGGAUCCGUUGCUGGGUGUGAAAAUUGGCUGCCUGGUGGGCCUGCUGGUAGUCCCUCUGCUUUGCGGACUCAUCCCAGCGCAAGUCCAGUGGUUCCAGAUCAACAUGGCCAGAGGGAAGCAUCGGCGCAUCCUUAGCUUUAUAGGCUGUUUUGCAGCUGGGGUCUUCCUUGGGGCCUGCAUUAUGCACAUGGUGGCUGACGCAUUGGGUGACAUCAAAGAGGAAAUUGAAAAGCGACAGCAGCAGGAUACUCUCGUCCUGAAGCAGAACGUGACUUCUGGAGGUGACGAUUCCGAGGGAUACCCGUUUGGAGAGCUCAUCAUCUCGUUCGGCUUCUUCCUGGUGUUUUUCAUGGAGAGUGUGGUGCUGUCCUGCUGCCCUCGGGCCGUCCAUUCACACGGUGACCCCGAAGCCCAUGAUGACCCCAAGGGAGUGCCCGAGUCGCACAGCUCCUUCCGGGCAUUCAUACUCUUCCUCUCCCUCUCCUUCCACUCCGUCUUCGAGGGCCUGGCCAUCGGCGUGCAGAAGGAGCAGACGGGGGCCGUGCAACUCUGCCUGGCCGUGCUGAUCCACAAGGCCAUCGUGGCCUUCAGCCUGGCCUUGAAGCUGGUGCAGAGCGCCACCAAGGCCCGGUGGAGGCUUCUGUACCUAGUGGUCUUCGCCCUCAUGUCCCCCGCUGGCAUCGCGAUAGGCAUCGGGGUGUCGCUUUCGAAAGGCGACGGGACUGGUCUGGCUCAGGCUGUGCUGGAAGGGGUGGCUGCCGGGACGUUCCUUUACGUCACCUUCCUGGAGAUCCUGCCCUACGAGCUGCGCUCGCAAGAGAGCCCUCUUGUCAAGUUCUCCUUCAUUGGUUUUGGCUUCUUCGUCAUGGCUGUCAUCGCCAUUUGGGCCUGA